AUGAUCAAGUUCUCAUCACAAUAACAUGAAACGUGGCAAGAAAAUUGUGUUUACUUUUCAUUUGAUUAUCUGUUUGUUUAUUUUUGAUUGUUGUUGAUUGGAAUCCAUUUCCAUUGGGAACUCACAUUACAUAUUAAUUAGCCGUUUAAUCAUUGAUCAAGUUGUCAAAAUCUCGAAAUCAACAAGUGUCAUCAAGGAAAAUCGAUCAACAAUUAAUGUCAACAUCGGGAUCAAAACAAUAGAAUCGUUGAAACAAUGAACUCUUCUUGUUAUAUUAUCUUAAUCUCGUUGAUUCUUGAUUUAUUAGCUUUCACAAUUAUCUUACCCCUUAUGCCUUCAAUUUUGGAUUAUUAUGAAACCAAUGACAAGAGUGGCCUUUACAACCAAUUCAAUUCUAUCAUUGAAACGUUUAGAAUCUAUUGUGGUGCUCCAAAUGAUUUGAAUAAAGUUCUACUCGCUGGUGCGAUUGGAUCUUGGUUUUCGUUUCUACAGUUCAUCUCUUCCCCGUUCAUUGGUGCUUUUUCCGAUGUCUAUGGACGUCGAGUUUCAAUGAUAAUCUGUCUCGUCGGGAUUACGAUCUCUCAUCUUAUCUGGUCACUUUCUUCGGGCUCUUUUUUGUUGUUUACCGUCGCUCGAACAUUGGGUGGACUGUUCAAGGGGAAUGUCAGUCUUUCGACGGCGAUUGUUACUGAUUUAUUGUCACAGUCGGAAAGAGGCAAAGGAAUGGCCUUAAUCGGUGUCGCUUUCUCGAUCGGGUUUAUCUUUGGCCCUCUGAUUGGUGCCUUCUUUUCAUACUAUUCAAAAACAAUUAUCUCUUCAGGUCAACAUUUUUUUGCUCUGCCCGCAAUUACUUCAACCAUUUUAGCUGCAAUUAACUUAAUUUUCAUCUACAUUUACUUCAAAGAAUCACUUGCCAAAUCAAAUAGGGCAAAAUCAACAACCAAAGGUUUGAUUCAAGCUUUUGGUUAUGUUAAUCCAAUCUCGUUGUUUGGUUUCACGAAUGUUCAAAAGAUACGAUCUGAAGAAUUAAAAACAAUUCGUGAUUUGGGAUUCAUUUACUUUCUCUACUUAUUUUUCUACUCUGGACUUGAAUACACUCUAACUUUUUUAACUCAUCAUAGAUUCGGAUACACAAGAAUGCAACAAGCAAAGAUCUACUUAUUCAGUGGCAUUUUAAUGGCACUUUUACAAGGAACUUACGUUCGUAGGAUAAAACCGAGUAAAGAACUUGGAACGAUAACCAUGGGACUAAUGGUUAUCAUCAUUGCAUUUCUAACAAUCGGUUUGUCCCAAACUAUCCCACAAUUGUACACUGGACUGGCUUUCUAUUCAUUUUCAUCGGCGGCUGUUGUCCCUUGCUUAACGACACUCGCAUCAUCGACUGGACCUUUGGACCAAAAAGGGACUAUUCUUGGUACUUUUCGAUCUCUCGGCUCAUUGGCUCGAGCCUUAGGUCCAAUAAUAUCUUCCUUAACUUAUUGGCGAUUCGGAGCCGUAAUUAGUUACUCAAUUGGUGCAAUAUUUUUCAUCUUUCCACUUUUAUUAUCAAAAUCAUUGACUAAACGUUUAAAUGCUCAAAAAAUCAAAUUAAUUGGUUAAAUUUGCCCAUCGACUAAUCAACAUUCCCCCUCAGUGAUUAUCACCAUAAAAAUUAUGUCAAAGACUGUUCCAAAAAUGAAAGAUCUCUGCAAUAAUUAAUAUAUUUCUAUUAUGCAUUUAAAUCUAUUUUAUAUUUUUAAUUGUCAAUAAAUGACUCAAUACAAUUAAAAGUAAUUAAAAUUAAUUUUGUUCAAACAACA